UCGACCCAAACAACGACCAACUGCUAUAUAAAUGCAAUGCAGUCGCUCAGCUCCGAACUUUCUUCAGAGGGUUCUCUUCGUGCUCCACAGCUGACAAAGUUCUUCAUGAAUUGCGUGAACAGAUGCAGAGUUCCAUCGCUUCUUUGAUCAAAUUAAUGCUUACAUCGCUGCUUCGGUUCUUGGCACUGCUGGUUGGUGUUAGAUGAACCAAAUCUCAUGGAACCUCCACAACUUUCGCCACCUCCUGAAGCACUGCAUUGCUGAGAGAGACUUCUUGACCGGCAAGUCCCUCCACGCGCUGUACAUCAAGUCCAUCGUCCCUUCCUCCACUUACCUCUCCAACCACUUCAUCCUCCUCUAUUCCAAAUGCCGCCGCCUCUUGGCCGCUCGCCGCGCCUUCGACCUGACCCCGAACCCGAACGUGUUCUCCUUCAAUGCCAUCAUCGCUGCCUACGCCAAGGGGUCCCAGAUGAAGGUCGCCCACCAGCUGUUCGAUCGAAUUCCCCUGCCAGAUCUCGUUUCCUACAACACUAUGCUUUCUGCUUUUGCCGAUCGAGGCGAGAUGGGACCUGCAUUCUCCUUGUUUUCGGGGAUGAGGGAGAUGGGGCUUGACAUGGAUGGCUUCACAUUAUCUGCCGUGGUCACGGCUUGUGGUGAUGAUGUUUCUUUGAUGAGACAAUUGCAUUCUUUUGCGGUUUCCAGUGGUCUUGAUUCUUACGUUUCUCCGAGCAAUGCGCUUCUAACGUACUACAGUAAGAAUGGUUAUUUGAAUGAAGCAAAGAGGAUGUUCGAUGAGAUGGGAGAGGCUAGAGAUGAGGUUUCUUGGAAUUCAAUGAUAGUUGCUUUUGGACAGCACCGGGAAGGGCUAAGAGCACUGGAGCUGUUCCAAGAAAUGAUUAGGAAGGGCAUGUAUGUAGAUAUGUAUACUUUGGCGAGUGUUCUCACUGCAUUUACCUGCUUGAGCGAUUUGGUAGGCGGGCUUCAGUUUCAUGCUAAGCUCGUAAAAACAGGGUUCCACCAGAAUUCACAUGUGGGGAGUGGCUUGAUUGACUUGUACUCUAAGUGCAAGGGUGCCAUGUCGGAUUGCGAGAAAGUAUUUCAAGAGAUCGAGGAGCCAGAUUUGGUUCUAUGGAACAAUAUGAUUUCUGGUUAUUCACAAAACGAGGAACUCUCAGAGGAGGCUCUAGACUGUUUCCGCAGUUUGCGAAGAGUUGGGUACAGACCAGAUGAUUGUAGCUUUGUUUGUGCAAUCAGUGCCUGCUCGAAUCUCUCAUCUCCUUCUCAGGGGAAACAAAUGCAUGGUUUGGUAAUCAAAUCAGAGAUUCCCUCAAAUUGGAUCUCUGUUGAUAAUGCUCUAGUUGCAAUGUAUUCGAAAUGCGGGAAUCUGGGGGAUGCUAGGAGGUUAUUUGAUAGGAUGCCAGAGCAUAAUACUGUCUCACUUAACUCAAUGAUUGCAGGUUAUGCUCAGCAUGGAUUAGGAGAGGAAUCUCUUACUCUCUUUCAAGCGAUGCUGGACAUUGAUAUCCCUCCUUCCAGUAUAACUUUCAUCUCUGUUCUCUCUGCAUGUGCACAUACUGGGAAAGUUCACGAGGGCCAAGCAUAUUUCAACAUGAUGAAGGAGAAGUUUGGGCUUGAACCAGAAGCAGAACAUUACUCGUGCAUGAUUGAUCUACUAGGUCGGGCAGGCAAAAUAAGUGAAGCUGAGAAGCUCAUCGAGACAAUGCCAUUCAGUCCUGGCUCCAUUGGCUGGGCCUCAUUGCUUGGCGCAUGUAGGAAGCAUGGAAACAUGGAGAUAGCUGUUAAAGCAGCCUAUCAGUUUUUACUGCAUGAACCUGCAAAUGCUGCUCCAUAUGUUGUCCUCUCAAAUAUGUAUGCUAGUGCUGGCAGAUUGGAAGAUAUGGUAGCAGUAAGAAGGCUAAUGCGAGACAGAGGUGUUAAAAAGAAACCAGGUUGCAGCUGGAUCGAGCUAAAUCGAAGAACCCAUGUAUUUGUUGCAGAAGACAGUUCACAUCCAAUGAUUAAGGUGAUAUAUGAUUACUUGGAUGAGAUGCUAUUGAAGAUUAGAAAGGUUGGUUAUGUACCGGAUGUUAAUCGGUUUUCAUUAAAGGAGGAUGGAAAGGAGGAAAAAGAGAUGGAAAUGAGAUUAAGACAUCACAGUGAGAAGCUAGCAGUUGCAUUUGGGUUGAUUUCAACCAAGGAUGGGGAGCCAAUACUCGUGGUGAAAAAUCUUAGGAUAUGUGGGGAUUGCCAUAAUGCAAUCAAACAUAUCUCUAAAAUUACAAAAAGGGAAAUCACUGUUAGGGACACCCGCAGGUUUCAUUGCUUCAAGGAAGGGCAAUGCUCUUGUGAGGAUUACUGGUGAUUAAAAGCAUUUGAUUAUGUCCUUCUGAGAGUUUAAUUGGGUAUUGAUGUGAAGAGGAUACUGUGUUAUGGUUUCACUGUAGCCUGCGACGAUGAUUUCGUCACUGUCAAAUCAGCUUAUUAAACUUCUAGAACACAACAGAAGUUGGGAACUCCCUUCUCCUCGGAAGAUUUCCUCGAAUGCUUAAGCAAUGGGUUUGACGAUCUUGGAAUGCAUUUUUCUUGCUCGGGCUGUGGUGGGGUCUGUCAGAGAGGAACUUAGCUUGAUGAGGGUUGAAUUGUCCUAAACAUUGGAGAAGCUCUUCCAUUUGUAAACCCUGCUUCCAUUUUCUUUGGAUAGAUGGCUUACCACAUUACUUUUUCUGUAUUUGUGGAGGUGCCCUUUAGCUGGUCAGUGUUUUUGAGCUGCUUAGAUCUUUAUGAUUAGUUUUUUAAAUGGGAGGCACCCCGUUGAAGUUCUCUGAUAUACCUUCUUACUAAUCAAAAGAAACAUCUAAAGCGAUAAUUAUUGUAGAAUGCUUACAAGAUUUUGUACACAAGAGAUUUCUUUGGACUUAUUUUCUUCAUGAUUUAGAUGGCAAUAAGUUUUAUCAUUGUCUAGAGAUCUAUAAGAUUUGAAAAUUUCUAGUUUGAAGCUUCUCAUGGUGAUAAUCUUUGCUACAAUUAAAUAGCGAGUUUAAAUAUUUUAGUAAUGUGAAAUAUAGGGCAUGUUUGUUGGAAUUUAAACAUACCUUUUUCCAUUCUGCCAAAAUCUAAAAUACUAUUCAAAAUUUCAGAAAAUUAUGAAAAAACUAUAUGAGAUCUAAGCGUCAACACUCGAGUGUUGUGAAAGUUUCAGGAAUUCAGAUGAAAAGUACUCAAAGUGAAUGAGCCACAAGAUUUAGAUUAAGCAAAAAGCAAAAAGUAAAAGCCAAUUCAGACAGUAGUAAUCUUCACAUCCUUUCUCCUGUUUGAAUGGAAUGAUUAGAGUCUGGGUGAAGGAUGAAAUACUAAAGUUUUCUGCAGGGAAGUAUAGAAUUUAGUAUUUAUCUCCAUCUUGGUUGGCAGUAAGUAGGUUUUCCACUGUUUUAGUUGUUGAACAAUAUGGGUUUUGACUACAUUUAAGUUUAGCUGAAUCCUACACAGGGACACACCAUUACUAUUUCUUAAUUUUUCCUUACAUUAUGUUAUAUUCCUUCUAAUUUUAAUGUUAAUGAUUAUGUAUGUGUCGGGAAAAUUGUGUAACAUGGUUUCUAAGGCUUUUGCAAUACCUCAUAUAAUCGCUUCAUGGGAUUAAUCAAACUGUUAUUGAUGACAGAUUUAAUUUUGCUCUCUACUAGCGUUUUAAAACUCGGUCUAGAUUGACUAACUGAGAACUCUUUCUAUGUCCGAUCUGGUUGACCUGUAGGAGCAGAAGAGGUACUAAGUCAGUCAUGAAGUGGCCAAUUCACUUUGACUUGAUUGGGCCGAUUCUGAAGUCGUUCUUUACUUUCAAAAUUUGGAUACAAAUAUAAAGAGACUCUACACAUUAAUUGUUUUGUUCAACAUCGUUACUUGUAUAUAAUGAUAGAGUAGUAAAUCAUAAUAAGUUCCUUGAGUACCCAACUAUAAGUUAGGUAAGUGCAUAUCACCUUCUAUUUGUUUGAAAAAAAAUCAAAUCAUGAACUUUACUUUCUACUUCUACAAAUUAAUUUGAUCUUUAUUGUCUUCGGUAAUGCUACUGUUUGGAACUUGAAACUUCUGACCUCAUUUGAAUGGGAAGCAGACAUCAGGCAGGUUCUUUUGAUCUGUUUCCUUUUUAAACACUGCUUGUAGCCGAAAAAUUUGAUCACAUAAUUGAUCUAGGGUAUCUUUAGAUAUAGCAGAAAUUUUCUUGAUGUCUUGAAAACUCUUGUGAUGGAGUAUAUAGUAUCAGAAGCUCACCUUGUAAAUACACCGGUUGUGGACCUGAGAAUCACACACUUGAUCGUUGCUUGGAUCUGAUGUUAGGUCUCCAUACUUGAAAGAAAUUAUCUUAUAAUUGUUGCACAUGUUAAUAAGAUAUGUCACUGGAGGGCAGUAGUGAGGUCUAACUUGUUUAAAAAUCACUCAGUGCCAAUGUAAUGGUUUUGCUUCUUUGAAAAUAUGAAAGUCAAGACACGUUAAUCUUUCAAUUUCUUUCGACAUGUUGCUACUUGACAUGCAUCUUUUGCCACUGCAUCUCUUGUUCAAUUUUGCAAACCCUUUACUUGAUUACUGGCGAUGGACGACUAGUGAUCACAAGCAAGGUAAUGUAAUGUUUUAGCUCACAUUCAGCUGUUUGGGCACAGAUGCUGGUUGUGGUUUUGGAUUAAUUCUUUCAUUCUCAUCCUUGCCAUUAGGAAGUAUAGGUUGCUUAGUAUCGUCUCUUUCUGGUGAAAUCGUAAUUACCCGAUUUGAUGAGGGUGGGGACUGACCGCCGGGACUAGAAGGCUUGGACAAGUUACGGCUCCUGGUAGCAAGCUUGUAGGAUAUGGUGCAGAGGGCUCUAGUCCUCAGGCGAGAACACUAUCAGUAUGGAUGACCUUUUAGAAAAUGCUUACUUAGGUUACACUUACACCCAUAGGACACGAGCAUGGGGCUCAUUAUAGGAUGAGUCAAACGGACCAUAUCUCGGGUGACUUAGGCCUAGGUCUAACAAUCAUCUCCGUUGCUUUUGCAGUUCUAGGUUCACAUUUCGGUCAUUCUUAAGGAAGUUCUCCUUCUAUGGAUUGGUUAAAUUAGUUCGUUUUGAUUAUGUAUCGUCUGUCUAUUAUAGAUUGCUCGUUAUGGCAAUGGGGAAAGCAUUAUUCUGUUCUUUUGCUUUGUGGCUAGUAGACUAAGUUUAGUCUUUUUACGUUAACCCAUUUAGAUGUUCUGGUCCAAGUCAUCUCACUUUUGGGAUGGGGAUUCAUUAUAGUGUCACUGUCACUUCUAUGGGUGACUAUCUAAGAGCAAUGUGGCUCUAUUAUGAAGAGAUCACUCUGAGCUAAUUUUUAUGUUUGAUUCUUCUUUUUAAUUGAAAUUUUAUGUAUCUGUUUGCAUUAUUUACUACGACAAUACAAAAGAGUUUCCUUUUUGUUGUUUUUUGACUGAUUAAGGGUGAUUCGUUUGUCUUGUUCCAGCUCUUCUGAUUUAAUAAAUGGAAGAACAGAAAUCUAGUCAAUGAUGCUACAGCUUAUUGGUUUAUCUAAUGGAACUGACUUCUUAGGAGCGAUACAAUUCUUGCCAGGGACUACACUCUUCUAAGGAGCAAUACAGUGGAAAGACACCUACAAGCUGGUUGAACUUUAAUAGAGGGUGAAGAAGUCUGGUAGAACGAAGUGUUCACGAGGACUUGGAGAGACCAUGAUAAGGUGAACAGCUAGGUGAAGUCUUGAUCCCGAAUGUGCUUUGGAGGACCAAUAGAUAGCAAAUCACAAGUCAGUUUCCGAUGGACAAUUUGGAUAAACUCAUUGGAUUAUUAAUAAGGGCAACUCUCUGUAUCAACUGUAUAGGAGAUACUUAUCGCGUUUUCUAUUAGCUGGAUAGGAAGACGUUGACAUCAUUUGAUUUGAUUGGAAAUCAAACAAAAGAUUUGUGGCUAAUGUCAAGGACUGGAAUUCACGACAGAAGAUCUGAGAUCGAAUCAAAUAAGUUCUUGCCUAUUUUGCUCAAGCAACCAGAGGAAUAGACAAUUGACAAAGGCAGCUAACUCUAUUUAGAAAAACCUCACUCUUUCCAGGAAAGUCUAACUGUAUGGGUGGCCAGAUUUUCAGCUAUUGUGUCUAUCGACUCCAACGGCUAUUUCAUCUUCUUAAAGAUUCUCCAACGGCUAAUUAAAGGACUAUAUAAGAAGCUCAAAUCAAACUGAAGGAGUGGGCGGCAAACUGAGAAAGCUAUACCUCUAAUCUUGUCACAUGCUCUUUGAUUAUUGCAACGUGAUCCUGCUCAUUUGUGAUUUUGUCUAUUAGUAUCUCUUGUUAAUUGUAAUCUGCAUUUGAGAAGUAUACAAGUGUAAUAGCAGUGCUUGUUUAUUGAUAGUGGGAUCUAUCAGCUUAGGGUAGAAACAACACUUGCUAUGUUGUAAAAUCUCUUGAGAUUACUAGUGGAUUCUAGCCUUGUUGGUGGUUAUUAGUCUGGGAGAGUGGA